GCCAAUAAAUGCUAUUGAAGGGCGGGUCUUGUCGUGGCAAUAGUAUGAUUCGUUAAUGCUCCCUUGUUCCCGGCAUGCUUCCCUGUCCGCCUUCACCUCUCUGUGGACGCUGUUUGGUUCAAAGAAUCACGUGACACUACACCCAUUGGUUGAAUUUAACUUAAAGCAUUCCACAACUACUGGCGCCGGCGCGGAGCGCCAUAUUCAACGUUUUGCUUCAGGACGACUUUUAUUUUAUUUUAACUUAAUUAUUUACAUUGUAGCGACUUUAAUUUAACAUGGACUGUGUGGAUUUUCCGAGAGUUCUGCCAAAUUCACCGAGGAAAGCACGGGGACAAAUUCAGGUCAUCUUUGGACCGAUGUUUUCAGGAAAAAGCACUGAACUGAUGCGAAGAGUGCGCCGUUUCCAGAUAGCCCAGUACAACUGCUUGGUGAUCAAAUAUGCCAAAGACAUACGUUACUCUGACACAGGCAUGGCCACACAUGACAAAAACACAAUGGAAGCUGUACCAGCCAAUUGUCUGGAAGAUGUGCGUUCUCUGGCAUUACAAGCCUGUGUCAUUGGAAUUGAUGAAGGACAGUUUUUCUCAGACACAGUGGAGUUUUGUGAAGAGAUGGCCAAUUUAGGGAAGACCAUUAUUGUGGCUGCUUUGGAUGGAACCUUCCAGAGAAAGGCAUUUGGAAACAUCCUGAACCUUGUCCCUCUGGCGGAGAGCGUAGUGAAGCUCCACGCCGUCUGCAUGCAGUGUUACAAAGAAGCUGCCUACACCAAGAGGAUAGGGGCAGAGAAGGAGGUGGAAGUGAUUGGUGGAGCUGACAAGUAUCAGGCGGUGUGUAGAAAGUGUUAUGGAGGUCUGGUGGUGGACAAAGAGAACAGUGCUCCCUUCAGGAAAGAAACUCCACAACAUGGCCUCGUAGGAAAACUCAUGGACUCUGCUGUUCCCAGGAAGCUUUUCUCCUCUCUCCACCUCUGAACACAAUAAGACUUGUUUCAGAAGUUGAGUAUAAAUCCAGGAAUCAAAUGAAACUGAGAGAAGAGCAGUGGAAGGCAAAUGGAUUAUUUUAUCUAACAUAUUGACAUGCCUGGUAUUUUAGGGAUGGUAUUUGGUGUCUAAUUGGUGUGUAUGUUUUAUUUUAUGUAGGAUUUUACUUGAUAUGACAAUGCACUUGAUAACCCUGAAAAUGAGUAAACCAACUCAUAACUCACUGUUACAGUAUUCACUACACUGUUAAUAUCUGUAGCUUUUGGGUUUCUUUUAACAUCAUCCACGGUUUUAAAUUAUUUUUUGUUGUGUAGUGCACGUAUAAAUGCAGUAUUUUCUUCCAACAUACAAAUGGAAGGUUAGACUCGUAUGUUUCACCGUGUAUGGCAGGGCUGGAGUAGUAAUUAGUAAAAAUUAAAUUCAAAUUGUACAUUUGAAUAAACAUUGGCAGAGUAUCCUUUUUCCCCCCAUUUAACACUUACUGUACAUGUUUUUAACUAACUAUGAGAUACGUAAUCCAAUGCCCUCGCAUGCUACAGAGGACCAAAAUAACCUGUUUAAAUCCUGGUAGCCUCGGCUGUACAGCGAGCUGCCCGGUUGGAAUGGAAAAAGUAUGUCCUCCCUACUAUACAUGUCGUAUACUUAGGGUUGGAAACUUUCCAUGGGAAUUAAUGUGAAUAAACUGGAUCUUUUGA